AUGAGUGCCACAGGGCUCGUCCCAGCUCAACGCUGCAGCUUUUCUACUCACAGCGGGCCGUCAUCAGAUGAUCACAAUGAUACGGAUCCUGCAGAUGGAUGCGCGGGCACCAACGACAAGAGAGAAGGAUGGGGUGAUUCAGAGGUCCUAGGACAAUCCGGGUCUGAUGCAACAUGUUCUGAGAGUGAGGCAAAUGUGUCGAGGUCCGGUAAAGAAUGGGAAGACGACGAGUACCCUCCACUUCACCUCGAUGAAGAUGCUCUGCGGCAUGUUGCAACGUACUUCCUACCUGGCAACCAUGGGAAGUGUGUCAAGAUCGAGAAGCUCGGCCGUGGCACCUUUCACGAGAUCCGUCUACUGCAUUUCGAAGACGACUGGACCUGCAUCGGCCGCUUCACACGAGACCCCGAGGAGCCCGUUGCGGUCAUCGAGAGUGAAUGUGCUACUAGGAUAUUCGUCAGGAACCACACCACGAUUCCCGUGCCCGAGACCUAUUUCGCAAACUUCGAUCCUACCAAUGCAGUGGGUGCCCCUUUUGUAAUCAUGCAGUACAUCAAUGGGUACCGACUACAAGAGAUGUGGCGUGCACUUGACGUGCGGCACAAGCUGCCUGUCAUGGCGCAGACUGCCGAUGUGGUUGCUCAGCUCGCUAGUUGCAAAUUCGACCAAAUUGGCUCUUUGACUAGGAAGGGAGAUAUUGGGCCACUACUGAAUAUAGCUCUGCCAUAUGAAAGGUCUACACAGGACUAUCUACUCAGCUUCAUUGAUGAUGAUCUCGCUGGCAACGAGGAAUUCAUGUCGUACUAUCAGUCGAUCCGGCAAAAGCUCGUCCAUCAUAUGACCAGCAAAAGCACCAUGGCUUUUCUUGAGCAGCCCUUCCGAUUGAUUCAUGGAGACUUCGACCUUCAGAACUUCAUGUUCGAUUGGACGAGUCCAGACGAGGCGCCAAAGCUGUUAGGCGUUAUCGACUGGGAUUACAGCUACAUCGGCCCGGCAUACUUUCUAUAUGAGUAUCCGUCAUUCAUUCUUGACUCCGACUACGAAAUGGGGUUAUGGACGGAGCACAAAUUGUGUAGGAAGAAUUUUGUCUCUAUGCUGGCGCAGCACUUUCCUCCCGGAUCGCAGGAACGAGAAGAAGUCCGCUCUUGCUUCAGACAGAAGAGUUAUCUAUUCAACAGAUUCCGGAACAUACUCAUGGUAUGCAAUUGGGAGGAUAGGGUGGCGCUUGAGCUUGCGCAGGAGUACAGCAGCGAUUUGUCGCCAUCAGUGAUCACGGAACGUGCGUAUGGUGGGAGGGAUGACUACGAACCGGAUUCGGAGCUGGAGGAUGAGUGCACCGAGGGCGAUGCCAAACGGCAGUGA